AGACCCACAUGUCAGUCAGCGAGGGCGCCUUGUUAUUACUUUUCGUGGGCGAGGCGAAGAGCCGAAGACAGAAGACUGCAGCAAAACCAUCAGAUCUAGCAGAACUCUCUCGACCUCAUCGGCGUUGGCGGAGCGCGUGUUGACCGGAGAUGGCGCCGAGCGGGUGGAGGAGGAGCGCGGCGGCGCGGGUCGCCUGGCGCCCGGCCACGGUUUGCCUGUGGCUCGCGCUCGCCGCCGCCGCACUGACGCUCGCCCAGGUGCUCGUCAACCUCGCUAAGAAGGACCUGACGGAGGUUACCCACAAGGUCUACUUCGACAUCGAGAUCGACGGCAAGCCCGCAGGCCGGAUUGUCAUGGGGCUUUUUGGGAAGACUGUUCCUAAGACGGCAGAGAACUUCCGAGCUCUUUGCACAGGAGAGAAAGGGGUUGGCAAGAGUGGCAAAGCCCUCCACUACAAGGGAAGUAAGUUCCACAGAAUCAUCCCCAGCUUCAUGCUCCAAGGAGGUGACUUCACUCUCGGGGACGGGAGGGGUGGUGAAUCUAUCUACGGCUUGAAGUUUGCGGAUGAGAACUUCAAGAUCAAGCACACUGGUCCAGGCCUUCUGUCCAUGGCCAAUGCCGGGAGAGAUACAAACGGAUCCCAGUUUUUCAUCACCACAGUGACAACAAGUUGGUUGGACGGGAAGCAUGUGGUGUUUGGCAAGGUGUUGUCUGGAAUGGAUGUUGUGUACAAGGUCGAAGCUGAAGGCCGGCAGAGUGGGGAGCCGAAGAGCAAGGUUGUGAUAGCAGAUAGCGGCGAGCUGCCGAUGUGACGGCGUGCUGAAUUGAUGUUCCAUCCCGAAACAUGAUGAAUAGAAGUUUCUGGUGGCCGUCUGUCGUUCUAGAACUGUUAGGCCCUCUUUGGAAUCUUACUGUUUUUACAGUUUUGAAGGAAUACUAUGGUUUAAAAAGUCAAAAUCUGUUUGCUUGUAUAAGGUAAAACGCAGUUUCGAAUACCAUGGUCUAUCUAAAGCGUAGUAUUUUUACAGUUUUGAAAA